CUCACACGGAGGAUCUCUGCUCGCUCGCGCUCAUGUUUGGAAAGCAUCCACGCUGGCAGCCUAGGAUGAAUGAAAACAAACACUAACUACGGAAGGUUGUUAUUGGAAGGAUUCAACUUUCGACGCACCGUGCGUAAAAGGCGCACGCAGCAGCCCGCAUCUAUUUCGUUUGAAGUUGGAAAGUGAGAAGAAUGUUGAAAAUGGCUGAGGAGCACGACAAGUGCACGGGCGGGCAACCGUGCAGCCCCGCGGGCACCAGCAGCUCCAUGUCCCAGGAUGAGUCUGACUCGGACGCGCCGUCCUCGCCGACCGGCUCCGACGGCCACGCCGCGUCUCUGCUCGCCGGCUUGGGCAAAAAGUUGGACUCGGAGGAUGACGAACGCUUUCCGGCUUGCAUCCGGGACGCCGUGUCGCAGGUACUCAAGGGAUACGACUGGUCCCUGGUGCCCAUGCCGGUGCGAGGGAACGGCGCGCUCAAGAAUAAGCCGCACGUCAAGAGGCCCAUGAACGCCUUCAUGGUUUGGGCGCAGGCGGCCCGCAGGAAGCUGGCCGACCAGUACCCGCACCUGCACAACGCAGAACUCAGCAAGACGCUGGGCAAACUCUGGCGUUUGCUUUCCGAGAGCGAAAAGAGGCCGUUUGUGGAUGAGGCUGAGCGCCUGAGGGUUCAGCACAAGAAAGAUCACCCGGACUACAAGUACCAACCCAGGCGGCGGAAGAACGUCAAGCCGGGCCAGAGCGACUCGGACUCUGGUGCCGAGCUGGCCCAACAGCAACAGCAGCAUCCUCAUCAUCAUCACCACAUGUAUAAAGCCGAACCCGGGAUGCCUGGACUUGGCGGGAUGGGCGAUGGGCAUCACCACCACCCUGAUCAUACAGGUCAACCUCACGGUCCCCCGACCCCGCCCACCACCCCAAAAACGGACGCCCACCACGGCGCCAAGCACGAAUCGAAGCACGAAGGGCGGCGCCUGGCUGACGGCGGCAGGCAGAACAUCGACUUCAGCAACGUGGACAUCUCCGAGUUAAGCACGGACGUCAUCAGCAACAUGGAGGCCUUCGACGUGCACGAAUUCGACCAGUACCUGCCGUUGACCGCCGCCUCUUCUGCUGCGGAGCAUGCGUCUUAUAGCGCCUCCUAUGGCGGCUCGGCGUGGAAUCGCAAGAACGCCGCGACCUCGUCGCCCCCCGAGCACCGCCUCCACAUCAAAACGGAGCAGCUGAGUCCCAGCCACUACAACGAGCACUCGCCCUCGCAAGCGGACUACGGCGCCGCGUAUAACGGCCAGGCCUGCGCGGCCCCUUCGCCGGCCCCUUUCACCGCCUCUCAGUGUGACUAUACCGACCUGCAGAGCUCCAACUACUACAACCCUUACUCCGGCUACCCCUCCAGCCUCUACCAGUACCCUUACUUUCACUCGCCCAGGCGGCCCUACGGCAGCCCCAUCCUCAACGGCCUCUCGGUGGCGCCCGCUCACAGCCCGGCCGCUUCCGGCUGGGACCAGCCCGUCUACACCACGCUGACGCGACCUUAACGGGCGGUAGAGAAGCAUUGCGCUCGAGCACUACUAACGGAGGAAGCCGGGAGCACGACAAAGCAAAAGAAGAAAAAAAGUGCCUGCUGAUUUUAUACGAAAUACUUUAUCUUUGCAACACUUGACUUUUUACACCAAGAAAACUAUUGGUGGUGCCUCCGUGAGGACGUAUUGUCUCCUUCCAGCCUGUAUAUUUACCCCGUUGUAUUUUGGUUUUUACAGCAUGCACUUAAAGUUGAAACACUAGCCUCUUUCACACAAAGCUUGCGCAUCAGAGAGUUGCCUGAAAAUUGAAGUGUUUUCUCAUUGACUGCCAUUAGACGUCCAAUCCACUUUUGACCGGGAACGCUACCAGUAGGGCUGCAGCUAUCGAUUAUUUUAGUAGUCAAUUAAUCGAUGAACUGCUUAGUUCGAAUAAUCGAGUAAUCGAAUAAGGAACAUGAAAAAUUUAAACACCUGAGCUGAGCCUCAAACGGUAUAAAACAAAUAAAUAAAUGAGGAUCUAUGUACAACAAAAGAGCAAUUGGCUAACUUACGUAGCAAAAGUCCGCUAGGUUAAAUGCUAUAAAAUGCUAACGUUUUUUAGCGUUCGACACGUUCAGACACAUACUCCCACACAGCUAAAUAUACUUGUAAACUAAAUUAGGAAUGCAUUAAAAAAAAAACAUUAGUUCAAACAACAACUUAGCUUAUGUUGGGCUUAACAAGGAGCACCUGGAUUCAGCCAUGUGAAAUAAUUAAAAUAAAUAAAUAAAUAAAUGCAAACACUUUAAAAUAAUCAAAUAAACCAUUAUAACCCCACUUUAAUUAAACCAAUUCUCGAAGCAGCAAAAUUUAAUUUGAAUUUUUACAUUCAAAUCGAAUACUCGAGUUAAUCGAUCAAUCGUUGCAGCACUAGCUAGCAGCGAUCAUUCGUCAUUUUGUCUGAAUGAUGAGCACUCAAGGCCAGUUCUCCUGGUACAAAUGAAUUGGAUGUCUUAUCGUUAUCAAUGGCAGACAUAAAGUUAAAAACCCUGUGAAUUUGCCGAGUUAGGGAAACGAGAGGUCAAAAUGGAAAUGUUUAGGGCUGCAGCUAUCGAUUUUUUUGGUAGUCGAUUAAUCGAUUAACUAGUUAGUUGGAAUAAUCGGAUAAGGAAGAUAAAAAAUUGAAAUACCUGAACUGAGCCUCGAACAGUAUAAAAAAAUAAAUAAAUGAUGAUCUAAGCACAACAAAAGAACAAUUGGCAAACUUACAUACCGAAUGUCCGCUAGCUUAAAUGCUAUAAAAUGCUGAUGUUUUUUUUUU